AUGGCUGACAAAUCGGCCAAGCGAUGCCACAAUGGCGUGGUUGAAGACGCUCUCGAUCGGAAAGCAAAGAAGAAGAAUUCCAAGCUCGACACGGCUUUGAAAGAGCUGGCGGCAUCAAACGCAAAGGUUGAGGAAAUGCGAGAGCAAUUGGAAAGAGCUCAGGAAACGAUUAUUUCUCUGCAAUCUACACUACAUACGACGAAGACCAACGCCGAUGAGGUCAAUAGUGUUGAAUUUGGGAGUGACAUUGGUCCUUCGAGUACACAACGCAAUGGAAAUGCUGAGGCCACGAUGGAAGUUUCACGUUUUAUCUCAUCUGUCAACCAAAUCUCCAUUUCGACCGUCAACGUUCCAGAAUGUAAACCGUUGAUAGAAGGCGACGAAAUAGGAAAGUUUGAAUUCGAAACUUGGAAGGACUUAUUACUGGACUCGUUGACACUCGCUGGUAUAACGGAUGAAGCAACCAGAUUCAUAGUCUUCAAAGUUAAGGCGGGGUCAAGGUUGAUGGAAAUAUACAGAAAUACGACGACAGCAACAGGCGCACCAGAUCUUGAGACAUGUCCAUUCACGAAUGCCUUGCACCGGUUGAAGACUUACUUUGGGUCUGGCUCAGACAUCAUGUUACAGCGUCGCAAGCUGGCAUUGAUGGUCCAAACCAGACAAACCGGAUUUGACUUUCAUCAUGCGAGUGGGGGCAACAGCAAGGAUGUGUGA